AUGGUCCUUAGGCAAGAGAAGUCCCUGGACAUGGACGUGACCCCACACGGGACUAGCUCACUGACAUAUUUUCGCCUGGGCAUUUCAGAUCCCAGCCAUGGGAUCACUGAAUCUCUUUCUCAUCCCAUCAUUACAUAUAGUGUCUCUUUGCAGGAGGAGCCGUGGGCUCCAUGGAUGGUGGAGAACCCCUUGCCUGGUCACUGGGAGAGGUACACUCAGCUGCCGAGGGGCUGGAGCUGGAGCAUCUGUAGUCAUCGCGAUCACUCAGGGUUUCACACUUCCCAGAGGAUGACUGGCUAGGAGUUGCUGGAGGACAGAAGCACCACAUUUGUCCAGCAUGCCUAUGAUGGACAAGAUUUCAUUAUCUUAAAUAAAGAUAUCAUUUUCUGGAUGGCUGCAGAUAAUAUGGCUCACAUCACCAAGUGGGCAUGGGAGGCCAAUUGGCAUGAGUUAUAAUAUCAAAAGAACUAGCUGGAAGGAGAACAUAUUACCUCAUUAAAGAGGUUCCCGGAGUAUGGGGAAGAUACUACAAGGACAGGUAAAGAGAAGGGAGAACACCAGGUCCCCAGAGCCCUUGGUUUUAUAUAG